AUGGGGCAGGGCUCGGCGCGGCUCAACCAGUCCGGCGUUUCGCGGGCGGCCGGCGGCGCCUGCGCGGCGGACGGGCAGCGCGCGGGGCCCUUCUCCGGCGCCGCCGCGGCGCUGCUGGCGGCGCUCAUGGGGCUGCUGGUGCUGGUCACGGUGCUGGGCAACGCCCUGGUCAUCCUGGCGUUCGUGGUGGACCGGCGCCUCCGCACCCAGGGAGACUUCUUCUUCCUCAACUUGGCCGUCGCCGACCUCCUGGUGGGCGGCUUCUGCAUCCCGCUCUACAUCCCCUACGUGCUCACGGGCGAGUGGAGGCUCGGCCGGGGCUUGUGCAAGCUGUGGCUGGUGGUGGACUACCUGGUGUGCACCGCCUCCGUCUUCAACAUCGUCCUUAUCAGCUUCGACAGGUUCAUCUCUGUCACCAAGGCGGUGAGUUACAGAGCACAGAAAGGGAAGACCAGAAAUGCAAUACUGAAGAUGAUCACUGUAUGGAUUGCUGCUUUUCUUCUCUAUGGUCCAGCCAUUCUCAGCUGGGAGUACGUCGCCCAGAAGAGCAUCCUUCCAGAAGGAGAAUGUCAUGCAGAGUUCUUCUACAACUGGUAUUUCCUAAUGAUUGCUUCUACCAUUGAAUUCUUUACACCUUUCAUCACUGUUACAUACUUCAACUUAAGCAUUUACCUCAAUAUUAGGAAACGCAUAUCCCUUAGAAAUGAAAACUUAUCUCCUGGCCAAGGGGACUGCGAGAUGAGUUUCCGAGGGAAGAAAAGGGAACACACCAUAUUUUUGGUAAAACCUGCUAACAGACAGAAACACAAGAGGAAGAAAGGAAGCAGCCUUUCUCCCCUGCAGAAGGCUUCAAGGCUCAGCCUAUGUAAAUUUGACAGUCAGUCAUUAAAUGUGAAUGUCAAUCAAGACCUUACACCACUUCAGGUGGACGCAGAGACCAAGUCUCAUAGGAACAGUUUCUGUAAAACUACAGAAGAUACAGGCGGCGCCACCACGAGAGCAGACGCUGCUAUGACAAACAGAUUUAGACUUACUCGAGAUAAAAGAGUAGCUAAGUCUUUAGCAAUUAUUGUAAGUGUGUUUGGUUUGUGUUGGGCACCUUAUACACUUUUAAUGAUCAUCAGAGCAGCUUGCCAUGGGCACUGUGUGUUACAUUCACUUUAUGAGACUUCGUUUUGGCUUCUGUGGGUGAAUUCAGCCAUUAAUCCCAUUCUGUACCCACUAUGCCACAUGAGCUUCAGGAAAGCCUUUAUCAAACUCCUGUGCCCAGGAAAAGUUAAAGUUCAUCCUCAUAUUUUUAUGUAAAAAAAAAAAAACCUGUGAAAUUUGUCAGUAAGCACAUCUUGCUUUCAGUGGGAACACAAACUGGCCAGUACUCAUCUGUAAAUAGUAAAUGCACUGUGCACUGAAUAUUUAAGGGAACACUGAUGAGUAAAUAAUCAGGAACUUAUAGAAUACAGUCAUCUGCAUAGCUGAAGAAAUAGCAAUCAGUGACAACAAAGGUAAUUUCUCAAAGCUCUUCAAGGAUUUGCCUACAGUGUACUUUCUGGUGAUGAUGCACUAGCACUGAAGAGACAAAAAGGGAAUACAAAUUUCAUACCAACAACUGGGGAGUGUCUCAUUAUUAAUGUUUAAGUAAAACUGGUAAGAAAUUUGUUAGUUUGGAUUUGUUAUAUUUUGCCCCCAGCCACUCUGUAAGGACUUCAGGGUCUUAGCUGCUAGGUGUAUGCAUUUUGGGGAGGAAAUCCCCAGUCCCUAACCAACUAAUGGUACCAAGGAAAAGCUUGGAACAAGAGGUACCAGAACAGUCAGGUUACCAGAAAAGAUGAACAACUAUACCAAUAAAGGAACACUGACCUGGGUGGAAAAGGUGAUUCGUUUCUACCUUCAUUAGCAUCUUCUACAGUUUUACAGACAUUUAAUUCUGAGAACAAUUCAUAGCUAUUGAACAUCCACAGUCACUCAGUGCCACAGCCAAAAAGCAUCUUAGCACAGCUGAUCUGAAAGUUCACUAAUGAUGAAGUUCAUUUUGUAAAAUUUCAAUAAAGGUAAUUAUUUACCAACUGUGAAAGAGUUACGACUGUCAUCUUAACCAAGAGCAUACGGAAGUAAGCUUAUAACAGAGAAUAACUGCAGCUGAAGCCACAAAACUAUUAUUAAGAAGUAAUUCCUGAGUUGCAAGUACAGGUUACCUUAAGAAUUAAACAUAGUUUCACAAAUAUUCUAAGAUAAGAGGGCAUAUUCCAACCAUAUGAAUGCAUCUACAUGAACAUAAUAAUCACAUUUUACUAUGAAUGCUUCAUAACAAAGAGUGCUUUCACUUUUUUCUUAAACAAGGGACAGCAUCAACAGAUACUGAGUAAUGGUAUUCAAAAGUUUUUUACUUACACCACAAAGCAAAUGAGGCCAUAAGGUUCCCUCCAUUCCUCCUCCACUUCCAAACCAGCAGAGCAACAACCUAAUUCUUAUCUUCUCUGUAAUUCUUAGGUUUCCUAGGAUUAUAUUUGUCAUUUUCAAAAACAAGCAGUGACACUAAAUUAUUGAACAACCCAGCAAAGUUUGACUACCUCAUCCAAUAUAGCCUAUGUCAUUUUAAUAGCAGUGACCGACUCAAGGAGUGAGGAAGUUCAGUCGGUAGCUUUAGAACACCGCAGUCAGUUAAGGUAAAGAAACAAGAUUUCAACAAAGUUUUUAGGAAAUGGUAUUAAAUCUACAACUAGAUCAGUCUUCACAUAUCUUUGGGAAUUGCUCUACCACUCAAAUUUCUACAGCUUCAUGAUUUAAUUGCCACGAAUCUCUUUAGCACAGACCUAGAAUCUAGCAGGCUUCUCCACCAUUCAAGUCAGAAAAGCACUCUGAACUGUGAACAGGCACCUUUCAGCAGAAAUUGAUUUUGGAUGACAGUUUUCUGCAUCAGGACAGCUAGCACCCUCCUCAGUUGGUCCAGGUUAACCAUGCCUUUGUUUUUUUGUCCCUUCAAAGCAGAAGUCCCUUUGCUUUUAUCAGAAGGUAGUACUAGGUUCAACAGUGGGCUCUGAACAGACAAAACAACAGGUGUUAAUAGCAAUUUUAUUGUUUCACUGGUGCAAAAAUCAUGAUACGGAAUAAACUGGUGUAAUGCAUUUUCCCCUAAAUUUACAGUAAUGAAGGUUAUACAUAUCUAUAUAGAUUGCAAUUUCUCUAUUUUUAUACUAUUUGGAACAAAAUUAUCUUGAUAAAUACUCCCUGUGCACGGUACUGGCUCUCGCUGAAUGUCACAGAGCCUUAAUAUGCAAAAUAUAGCUUCUGUUUUUGAACAUGGUAUUUUAAAACUCUCCAAACAUGCAUUAAUAUAUUCUAGUUUUUAGGGAAAAACAUUACACUUAGUCUUAACUUGCAUUAAAAGAAAAGCACAAGCAGAACCUGACAUACAAUAAUCCCAAAAGUCUGAUGCUCUGCAAGGAUCACAGUUUCAGAUGACAGUCACUGCCAGUUUAGAACUCUAGUGCCACAGAAGCAACAGCAAACAGACAAGAGAAGUCAAAAACAGAAGAACCCUACCAUGUCACAUAGAUUCCAAAGAAAGAUUCAGCCAUGCUAACUGAAGAAACCUGUAGUUGCUGGUCCAACCUUUCAAAUUCGUUAGAGUACUUAACACAAGUGUUUGAAGUGCCAGACUGAGCACAUGAAUGUUAACUUGACAUUUCUGAAAGGCACAAUCUAUGAAACUAUCUUUAAAAACAAAACAAAACAAA